ACCGGAAUGUGCGCUGCGCUCUUCCCCUCCUCUUCCUCCCCCUCCCAUCUCUCUUUUCUGUUGACGUUUGGCUUUUGUGCCUGUUUUACUAAGUGCGCGUAAUCUUCCUUUCAAAAGCAUCUCUUCUUCACUGGACUCUAUUUUUUAGUGACGGCGCGUGACAUGGCAUCGACUCUGAUGUAGUGCGUUCCGAAAAAAUCGCGUGAAUCUCUCAGAAGCGCAAGAUAUUCGCCCAAGAUCUUCAAGGUUUUGUUUCCUUUGUCAUACUGUCUUCCUGUGCUCAUCUGCGGCGGUUAUUUCCGUCGGUCCGUCUGCUCUGCGUGCUGCUGUUUUUCUCGCCAGCUGGAUAAAAUUCACCUUGACUUGUAUGUCCGAAGCCCGCCGUGGUUAUAAACAAAUCAUUUCCGCACGCAUGUUAUUACGGUAGGCUAACAAUCUGAAAUAGCUCGCAGGCUGUUAUGGAUUAGCACCUGUCUGGAAUAUUCGACGGUAUUCGCGUAGGUAUAAAUGUUCUGCAGAGCUGCUUUAGUAUAUCAGGGUGUUUUAUCCAUCUCGCUCGGUAAAUUGAUGGUUUGUAUUGUGAUUAGGUAAUAGAGCGCGCAGGCCGGAUUGUAUAAUUCUCCAGUUGAGACAGUUUUGCAUAUCUGGCAAAGGGAACUUGAUUGGUUGACCAAUUACGAGCUCCUGAGCUGCUGUUGUGUUGGAUUUUGAUUAAAGAGACGGAAGUUUAUUUACUGGUGCAAGUUCAACCAACCAAGAAAGAACCAAAACAAUGUUUCGCUAUUUGAAUGAUGUGGAUGACAGCCCAUACAUGAUGGAUCCGUUCGCAGCACACAGACACCAGAUGAGGGGUCUCUUUGGGUCUUUUGGGAUGGACCCGUUUCCUUUCACCCCUCAGAUCCAGCAUCCACGUACACGCUUGCAGCCACAAGCUGGAGCCUUGGCCCCCUUCGGCAUGAUGGGAAUGGGUGGAGGUUUCAUGGACAUGUUCAGCAUGAUGAGUGGGAUGAUGGAGAACAUGGAACAAAUGUCAGGUUCUCCAAACUGCCAGACCUUCUCCUCCUCCACAGUCAUCUCGUACUCCUCCACAGACAUAGGAGCACCUAAAGUCUAUCAGCAGACCAGUGAAUUUCGCACUGCUCCCGGGGGUAUCAGAGAGACGCGUCAAACAAUGCGGGACAGUGCGAGUGGGCUGGAGCGAAUGGCUAUAGGGCAUCACAUUGGUGAGAGAGGUCACGUGAUGGAACGCUCAAGGAACCGUCUCACAGGAGACCGUGAAGAGAGACAGGACUUCUUCAAUCUGGAAGAGAGUGAGGCAGCUUCCUUUGAUGAAGAGUGGAGGAGAGAGGUGGGCCGGUACCGCCCCCAUAAUGUCCAUAGUUUAGACUAUGGGCGUGAGCGGAGUGCAGGGGUUGGACAGCAGCUGGCCCUGACAGCGCCUCCGAGCUCCUCCUCCUCUCCCUCGCCUCGCCAUGAGUCACCACGCCACCAUCCUCCUCACUCCCGUCCGCGCUACGACUGGUGAGAGGUGAAGUUAUCUAGCUGAUGCUGUGAAGAGAAAAGUGAGGGAUAGAGAAGAAAAUUAUAACUGAGGGGUCAAAUGUUUGAUAGAUCUGAACUGUCUUAAUAUGUGUAGUCAGCUCCUUAAAGGGACGUGUGCUGGCAUGAGGUAUAACACAGGCUGAAUUUUUUAGACUGCAUCUCUGUUGUGUGGAAUUUGGCCUGGCCUGUGUACUUCAUACCACGUUACUACUCCCGAAGCAUACACACCAGCAUUCAUCAUAAUUCCGACAGCUCUUCAACCUUGUGAUAUAUACAUACACACAGACAUCUUUGUAUUUAAAUGAAUUCUCAUGCUUCCAAUAUUUCAAUAUCCAAAUAUUUAAAGAUACACUACACAUUCUGUAUAUUCGCGUGCGCACACACACACACACACAUACACACUCACUGUAAAGUCCAUAUAUGUUUGUGUUGACACUAGGAUAUCUGUGGGUUUAAUUGUACAAUGCUGACUAAUUAAACUUAUUAACUAAUAAAAAGACCUUGUUACAUCA